AUGACCAGAGCACAGAUUUUGUUCCUUGCUUUUGUGUUGGUGUACGAAAGUGUACAUCCAAAGCCAUGUGAGCGAAAUGAAAAACCGCCCGAUGGGUGUACAUGUUCAAAAUAUGAAGGUAAACAGUAUUACGUGACAAUUAAGUGCGUGAAUAAAGGAGAAAGUCCACGAAGUGAUACUAUUCCCUCGAUGCCAAACAAUACUUACCAGUUAAUCAUUCAAGGAUUUCGAUUCAUAAAUGUAACUAAGAAAACGUUCGGUAAUUUGAGGAGACUUUCUUCCCUGCAUGUAUUAAAUUUACUGGAUAAUAACAUCAUCACCAUUUCCCAUGAUGCUUUAUCCGAAUUGAAACAUUUAAAGGAAUUGGAGAUCAGCUGGGAAAUCCAAGUGAAUAGGAGAGAAAUAUCAGAGAUGCUUUCUUACAUCACUCGCAACAUUACGUUUAUCAAAUUCUCCCAUAAUGCCUGGGACCAACCGCCUGAUUUUGCUGGACUGUGGAAUGCAACACUUCGAAAUUUAACCCUGUCCUAUAAUCAUUUCACUGCAUUGGAAGGUUCUAACUAUUCCAGUUUAAAUCAACUUCGCAAAUUAGACGUAUCAUACAAUGGAAUUACGGAAAAUGGGAAUAAUUUUACUGGACUUGAAAAUAUCAACGAAUUGGUUUUGGAUGGAAACUGGUUUAAAGAAUUUCCAAAGUUUUGUGACUAUAAAUUUUCUAAUUUGUCAACAAUCUCGUUUAAGAAUAAUAAAUUAACUGAAUUUAGAUCAACAUAUUUUCAAUGUUUAACAAAUUUGCAAGCCUUGAAUUUAAAUGGGCAUGCAAUAAGAAAGUUGUAUAACAAUACAUUUACCAAUCUGACGUCAUUGCGUCAACUUUACAUUAAGCGGUUGGCUGGACAACUUUCCCACAUUGAACCAGAAGCGUUUAAAAGCAACUCCCUUCAAGAACUCAGGUUUUCUUACAAUGGAUUUUUCUUUUCCGAUUUCCCCAAAGAAACCCUCGUUAUGUUCAAAUACUGCCCAAAAUUGACCUUACUAGAUAUUUCAGCAAACCAUCUUAAAUUAAAGGAAAACGAACUCACAAAGAUGAUAAAAAACUUGAAAAAUGUUACAACACUUAUUAUUAGAAAUACAGGAUUACACUACCUUCCGAGAAAUUUGACACGUCAUCUGCCGAUGUUAAGGAAACUCGACGCUUCGGACAACUAUUUAAACGGAUCAUGGGACGGGAAUUCUGUAUUUGGAAACGUCCCAUCUUUGCAAUAUCUGGAUUUGUCGAAAAACUACAUUGAAAGAAUCACUGAACAUAAUUUUCCACUAACUCUAUUGAAUGGAUUAGAUGAGGGCGGGUUGGAUCUUAGCUAUAAUAAACUCUCUUGCAAUUGCGAUGACGCGCUAUGGUUUUACAAUUGGAUGCAUGCCAAUGAGAAAAAGUUAUCACAUGUUGAAAAUACAACAUGUCGACUCAAUGUUCCUCUUGAUGCGAGCACGAGAAAUUUGUUCUAUCUCACCGAAAAAGAACUGUGUCCAAUGAAUCCUGCUGUGUUCAUUGCUAUCGUAAGUUCAGGCACCGCCUUAUUGGUGAUUUUUAUCACGUUUGCAGCUUUAUACAAGCUUAGAUGGCAUAUACGUCACUGGCUUUACGUCAUAAAAUAUAAAAACAAAGGGUACGAAAUCAUACCGGACGACCCCGAUUUUAAAUAUGACGUAUUUUUAGUUUAUGCCGAUGAGGAUACUAAGUUUAUUUUUAAAAUCGUUGUGCCAUAUUUGGAAGGAAAAGGCUACAGUUUGUGUGUGAGAUGUCGGGACUUUGAGAUAGGAAAGUUGUAUUGUGACAACAUAGUUGACAACAUGAAUCUCAGCAGACGUAUUUUAUUGAUUCUGUCUAACAAUUUUGCCAAAAGCAAAUGGUGUGAAUUUCAGGUGAAUUUUGCAUAUAAUAGGUGUAUGGAUGAAAAAAUAAACAACAUAAUUGUGGCGGUUUGGGAAGAAAUAAGCUACAAGUAUUUAUCAAACACCCUCAAAGUCUUGCUGACAUCAUACGACUAUGCUCUUUGGUCGAAGUCCGAUGCGACUGGACGAAGUUUGUUUUGGGGGAAAAUUUUGCGGAAAUUGCAAUUUCAAUCUGACGACACCGAGUGCGCUAAUGGUCUGCUCGGCGUUCUCCAAUAGGAACAUUGGAUACAACUUAAAUAAGUCCUUCCUGUCAAACAUCACAUGUCAGUGCAAUUACUACGAACAGCUGUACAUGCUUAACUAAUAUGUAAUUGAUCUUGACUUUGCUAAUUAAA